AUGGCCUACCUGCUGUCUAAUGUCACCCCCUUGUUUCGAAUGGUCUGGCCUUCUAACCGCAGAACACCUCCGAGAAACGGGACUACUCAUAUGCAUCCCAGUGCCACACCGGGCAUGACAGACUUUGAAGAGGAGCCAUCAUCCGAAGAAGAUUAUAUUUACGAUAUCAACAGCCAACUAGCAUCGGAAACCCAAGAAAACAAGGACACAUCCACGGGACGGAUUCCGGGUGUAGCAAAGCUCCUCAGUAAUGUGACCAUCGGACCUCCAUCUAGUCAAACAGUCAACAGAGCUAAACCGAACUUCUAUAUCACUAGACCAAACGGCGCGAAGGUUCCUCUGAUACCCUUGGACGAGCUACCCGAGGGCCUUAAGCUUGGUGACCAAGAUUGGUAUCGCAACUGCUGGAUAAGGUACAUGCAUCCCGUAUCUCACGGCAGACUCCCAAGUUCAGGAACUUAUGUAGCAACCAUCAAUAGUGGCACACAGCUCAGCCGCAAGGGGUAUACUGUUAGAACACCAAGUGGCAGAGUGGAUAUCUUGAAAAAGCCGAAAGUCAUCCCACCGCUGCUUGAUUGCUGUGUGUGUGAAAAUGCCAGGAGCAAUGAGGACGAUGUCGCUGUUCAACCUCAAGAGAACCGGCCAAAGUCGACUCAAUCACCCUUGCUGCCACAGAGAGCGGAAGUGCAAAUCGGGCAACGAUACGGGACAUUCGCUCCGCCUGACUCCUUAAACAUGAACCUAUUUGAUUCUUCCAGCUCCAGUUCUGAAGAGGAAACAGCAGAAACGGAUGGAGCCAGUCGCCCAAGGGGUCAGGAUUGGCUAACUCGUGAACGAUCCGAAACGCCGCCAGGUGAAAGGAAGCUAAGUAUGGGUGUUCUAUGGGAAGUCGAGAGCAUAGAUGACGACGACGACGACGACACUCCCAACGAUGAACCUGAUAUGCCGGAUGGUAGAAGUGAUAGCCAGUCUCGUGACGAUAAGCUCGACAGCACAGAUGAUACAAAUGAUAGCCAGCAAGGCGGCCGCUCGAAUUCCUUAAGAUUCGUGAAUUAUAUACUCUGGCUCGGUUGGAUAUAA